AUGGACGCGCCUCCCAUCUUUCUACUCAGCAUUCCAUCAGCCGGAAAGAAAGUUUUGAGCAACAUUGAGGCUCCCUGGGCAAUAUAUUACUCCGACAUCCCAAUCAGCAUGACCAGAUCCAUGAAAAUACCUCACAGUGACUCAUCUGGUUGGGCGGACGCUCAACCCAUCUCACUACUCAGCAUGCCAUCAGCCGUAAAGAGAGAUUUGAGGUGCUCCCUUGCUGAGACCGUUUUCAAAGCACAAUUAAGGCUCCCUGGGCAAUAUAUUACUCCGACUUCCACGUUGAGCGAUUAUGACUGGCACGAAAAACAAACUAAAAACAACACACUCACAAUCAUAGUCCACUAA